UACAACACACUUCACUAGCGAUAUAUAUUAUAUGUUCAGGUUCGCGGACGGUCAGGUUCAGUACCAGAACCGGUUUCUGGAGUCGCAGAGCUACCAGCGUGACACCCGCGCACAGGCUAUCGUGGGCCGCCACUUCGCGACCCAGGGACGCCCCGACCCCUGCCGCACCAUCAUGCGCAACCUGAGAAGUAAGCUGGUCUUGUCGGAGCAGUUCACCGACAACUGCCAGAUCAGCGUCUACCCUUACGGUGACGGCCUUUACGCCCUCACAGAGACGCCUUACGCAUACAGGGUCGACCCCACCAACCUGCACACCGGCGAGAAGGUAGACCUGACGCAGCACCUGUCGGUGGUGAGUCACACAGCUCACCCACACGUCACCCGCACCUGUACCUACAACAUCGGUCAGGGCGUCACCCUAACUGGCCCCCGCUACAACAUCUGCCAGUUCCCCCGUACUGGCCCCCAAGGUCAGGCAAGCGAUCCCUUCAAAGCUGCGAAGAUCGUCGCUUCCGUCGCUUGUCGGUGGCGCACCAGUCCCUGCUACAUGCACUAG